AUGGAACUCAACCGAGAACAUUUUCGCGCCAUAAUUUAUUACAACUUUCAGAGACAAUUAUCGCAACAAGAAUGCCUUGCUGAGUUACUGUCUGUUUUCGGCAACGAAGCGCCAUCAGUGAGUCUUAGCGACGAUCCCAGGGUGGGAAACGUCGAUGCUAUUGAGGCGUCCUUGAAGAUCUCAAAGACCUCAAUUCAAAAAAAUUUAUACGAGAAUCAGGAAGUUAAUUGGUGUCAAAAACGCUUGACCCAUUGUUAUGGUGAUGAAUCGUGGAUUUACUGUUAUGAACCAGAAAAUAAACGACAGUCGGCUGUUUGGGUGUUCCAAGGUGAAGAAAAGCCAACAAAAGUCAUCCCGGGUCAUAUUGCAACAAUUCCUCUUAAUGAGCAAGAACUAAUCAUCCUCCACCAAGACAAUGCAAGCUCGCACACAGCCCAAAAAACAAGGCAUCCUAACGAUUUCUUUACUUUUCUGAAAAUUAAAAACAGACUGCGUGGUCAAAGGUUCCAGUCACCAGAAGAAGAAGUUGACGCAUUCAAAAAUGCCGGUUUGGAUGCGCCAGCAAACGAGUGGAAUAAGUGCUUCGAAAAUUGGUUCGAGCGGAUGCAGAUGUGUAUUAAUCUUCGUGGAGAAUACUUCGAAAAACAAUAG